UCUAACUCAAUAUCCUCCAUCUGUCAUACAGUCAUCUAAAGUUCUACGAACACCCUUGUUUUUUGUAAAUAUUAAUAUUAAGAUAUAGUAAUAAUUUAUAGGAAAAAUCUUCUUUAAGAUAUCUUGAUUAUUUCAUAUCCAAGAAAAGUGAAUGACUGUAAUGUGUGCGUGUUAUUGUGAAUCCUCUGGGAGUAUAGAUAAUAAAUUUAUGUGAAGCGAUCUGCUGAUGUCUACGGACGCUCUGUGUCAAGAAGAAGACUGGUGAGGAGUGCUGGUGGAUUCUGUCUGUAAGCUGGUGAAAUUAAGCCUUAUUAUGGAGGGCAACGGGGACCCUGACCAAGAACGUUCACCAUUGGAUGUGGACAACAGCGCUGCCGAAGGUGAUGUGGACCGAGGCAGGUACAGCUUGCUGGCGCGGUGGUCGUCGCAGUCGUCGCUGGACGAGUCGUCGCAGCGCGCGGCGGUGGCGGCGGGCCGGGGGCGCGGGGGCGCGGGCGGCGGGGAGGCGGGCCCCGCGCACGCCGCCUCGCUGCUGGCGGCGCUCGGCCAGCUGCGGCGCGGGACCGUGCUCACCGACGUCCUCCUGCACGCGCGGCCCGAGCGCGCGCCCGACCCCGACCCCGCCCCCGCCGCCCCCGCAGCCCCCGCCGCCCCCGCCGCCCCCGCCGCCCCCGCCGCGCCGCCCGUGGCCGCGCACCGCGCCGUGCUGGCCGCCGCCUCGCCCUACUUCCACGCCAUGUUCACGCAGUUCGACGAGCGCACGCAGUCCGUCGUCACCAUACAGAAUGUGGAGCCCGAGGCCCUGGAAGCCAUAGUGGACUACAUCUACAUGCCGGAGACCCUCGUCAUCACGGAGGACAACGUGCAGGCGCUGCUGUCGGCGGCGUCGCUGCUGCAGGUGGGCGGCGUGCGGGCGGCGGCGUGCUCGUUCCUGGCGGCGGCGCUGGCGGCCGACAACGCGCUCGGCAUCCGCGCCUUCGCAGACCUCCACGCCUGCGACGAGCUCGCGCACGCCGCCGCGCGCUACGUGCACGACCACUUCCUAGAGGUCAUGGACACAGAGGAGUUCCUGGCGCUGGAACCGGAAGUAUUGGGGCAGCUGCUCGACAGUGACCGCAUCAUCGUUCCUGAUGAGGAGGUCGUCCUCGACGGCGUCGUGCGCUGGAUGCAGCACGAUCCAGAGCGGCGGGCGGGCGCGCUGGGCGCGCUGCUGGAGCACGUGCGGCUGCCGCUGCUGGCCCGCGAGCGGCUGGUGGCGCGCGCCGCCGCCGAGCCGCUGGCCGGCGCCGGGCUGCGGGUCAAGGACCUGCUCAUCGAGGCGCUCUCGUACCACCUGGUGCCGGGCGGCGGCGGCGCGCGCAGCCGGCCGCGCCGCCCGCCGCGGCCGCCGCGCGCGCUGCUGGUGGCGGGCGGGCAGGCGCCCAAGGCCAUCCGCGGCGCGGAGCUGCUGCCGCUGCCGGCGCCGGGCGCCGCGCGCGCCGCCGCGCCGCCCGCCUGGCGCGCCGCCGCGCCGCUCCCCGCGCGCCGCUGCCGCGCCGGCCUCGCCGCGCUGCCCGGGAAGGUGUACGCCGUCGGAGGAUUCAACGGCACGCUGCGGGUGCGCAGCGUGGACGUGUACGACGUGGCCACGGACACGUGGAGCUCGGGGCCGCCGCUGGGCGCGCGCCGCUCGACGCUGGGCGUGGCCGUGGUGGGCGGCGUGGUGUACGCGGUGGGCGGGUUCGACGGCGCGGCCGGGCUCAGCUCGGCCGAGGCGCUGCACCCGGGCGCCAGCGCGUGGCGGCCCGUCGCCGACAUGAGCACGCGCCGCUCGUCGGUGGGCGUGGCCGUGCUGGAGGGGCUCGUGUACGCGGUGGGCGGCUACGACGGCGCCUCGCGGCAGUGCCUGCAGUCCGUGGAGCGCUACGAUCCGGCGCGGGACGCGUGGGAGGCGGCGCCCGCCCUGGCCGCGCGGCGCUCGGGGGCGGGCGUGGGCGCGGCGGGCGGCGCGCUGUACGCGCUGGGCGGCCACGACGGGCCGGCCGUGCGGCGCUCGGUGGAGCGGCUGCGGCCGCCGCCCUGCGCCGCGUGGGCGCCGGCGCCGCCCAUGCGCGCCGCGCGCCGCAACGCCGCCGUGGCCGCGCACCAGGGCCGCCUGUACGUGGUGGGCGGCGACGACGGCGCCGCCAACCUGGCCACCGUCGAGGUGUUCGACCCCGCCACCGACGCCUGGACGCAGCUCGAGGCGGACAUGUCCGUGGGCCGCUCGUACGCGGGCGUGGCCGUCGUGGACCUGCCGCCCUGAUGCGAGCCGGCGCCGCGGCG